CUUGCAAGUGCAGUGCAGGGAUCGAAAGUAUUGAUGGCUUCCAGUGGGGUUCCGGUGAGCGCUACCAGCUCUGCAAAUGAAGCCCCCGAAAUUCCGGACAACGUAGGAGACUGGCUCCGGGGAGUCUACCGCUUUGCCACCGAUAGGAAUGAUUUCCGGAGGAACUUGAUCCUGAAUUUGGGACUCUUUGCAGCGGGAGUUUGGCUGGCCCGGAACUUGAGUGAUAUUGACCUAAUGGCACCUCAGCCAGGGGUUUAGCCAA